AUGUUAGAGUUUAUCAACGUCGAUGGAUCAAGUAGCAUGAUCCGGGUUUAUUCUUACACGUUAAGGUGUAACGAGUGGGAGCUUAUCCGGGUUGUUGAUGAUAUGUUUGAUUCGAAUCCUUUCCAACCGGAUUUGGAUUUGGAUAUGGAUAAUCCGUUUUACAACUACUUUUGUCCCCAGACCGCGGUCGUUUUACCUAACGCGAUAUCACAUUGGGUCGCCCGACACAACUACAAAACCCGAGACUGUAGCAUGAUAUUAGCUUUCGAUUUAGCGACGGAUACCUUUAACACCGUUAAAAUACCCGAACAACUCGUGAAUUGGGAGUUGCAGAGUGGAGAACCUUCAAUGGACGGUGUUCAUUAUUGUUUGAGUAGUAUCGAUGAUAAGUUAUGUAUUGCUGCACAUGGUACUAGUUUAGAAGGGUGGGUUGAUUCCUUACAAGUGUGGAAGCUCGAACGGUACGGAGAUUCGAGUUCGUGGAAUAAGAUUUUAUGGGUUAAUGGUGUUGAGAGUCCUAAAAGUUUAUGUAGCUUUCUUACUUCGUAUAAGGGUAGAGAUGGUUUGACGUAUUUCACUUAUUCGAAUAGGGAGGAAUGGUUUAUGCGGCAUGAUCGUUUUGGAGUUGAAUUCUCUUUGCUCUGCGAAGAGCACUUUGCAUUCACAGUCUUGUAUGUUGAAAGUCUUGUUUCACCUUUUAUGGCGGUGGAAAAAAGUCUGCGAGGAGAGAACAAAUGA